ACGCUCCUGUCAUCAGUAUCAAAUGAGUGUCAUCGACUUGACUGACUGACACUUGACAGUGUUAGAUUAGAGAUAGCAUCUUGAGGUUGUGGUAGCCUUUACUCGUGAUUUUGAUUAGAAAGGAUUGUUUAUUUUGUUUUUCUUUCAACUCGGAAGUGAUAAAAAUAAACAGAAAAAAUGGCGGACAGUGUAGAAGAAAAAGUGAUAAUGACUCCAAAGUGCAAGACGGCCACAUCCACAACUCUGGUAGUUGAGAGGAAGGUGGUGCAAGCGGAGGCCAGUGACAAGAUACAUGUAGCAGGAGGGGAUCACACUGGCAUCAUUAUCAACAAAGAACAAGUUUAUGAAAACGGCGUAACAGAGCCAUGUCACGCGCAACUAGAGUUCAGAGUGUACCUAGUUUCAGCUGCAAACGGCUCUCACACACGGGAGGCGCGCGCGCUCCGAUUCUGGUUCAAACCGCAAAUGACGCCCGGCGAGCGGCCGCACGAGGCGCAGGCUUUCUUCAGGGAGCUGGUCAGCCCGCAAGACUUCCCAAAAGAUUACGUGGGAUUCAUCAAGAAGAUAAUAAAGCUUAUGCAACACAAAUACCUUCAAUUAAAAAUUUUAGAGAUAGAACUACGACAAGAAGGGACUGGAACUCCACCUCCAGAAUCAAAUGGCGUUAUUUCAACGUUUAUUGAAGAAAGUGCGGCAAACCAAACGCCUGUUAUAUCAGAACAGAGGGUACUGGAUAUGAUUGAGAAUGCUUACCCCAACCCGUUGACCGUGGAUGAUUUCAUCACGGCAGGAAAAUGGUCGAAAGCAGAAGUAAAGGAUGCCUUAGAGGCGCUAGAAGAAAAAGGCCUCACACGGGCUAUGUCAGACGGACUAUACAUUCGGCAGCACAGCGUUGACACACAGGUCGUGAAACAAAUGCCAAUGUUAUGUUCAUCGCGACAACCAAGCAUAGCUAUAAUAACCGCGCUGUACUGCGAAAAGCAAGCCGUAGACGCCAUGAUGGACAAUCAAGAAACGUUCGUGCGCUACACGACAGUCGGCGAAUCCAACGUGUAUACACUGGGUACUAUCGGAGCGCAUCGCGUGGUGACCACAAAACUUCCCUCCGUAGGUCGCACGAGAGAAGCGAUGACGGCAGCAGGCAACACAACCACAAGACUUCUUGGUAUCUUCCAAAAGGUGGAGUAUGUGUUCCUCGUGGGCGUCGGCGGCGGCGUGCCUCACUACACCGACUACGAGCGCCACGUCCGGCUUGGAGACGUCGUGGUGUCCACCCCCGCGGCGGAUCUGACUGACAAGAGCGUGUACGUGUUCUGUGAGAAGGCGGAGCGCAACGAGAAAGGCGGUUGGGACUACGAAGUGAAGCCAUACAAGCCUGACAGUUUCUUACUUCAAGAUAUCGCACUGCGGCUGAUGCGGUCGCACGCGCCUUGGGACUCCUACGUCAACGAAGGGUUAGAACGACUGCGAGGCGUACCAGGACGCUGGGAGGCACCCCUUGGCGGCUCAGACCGUCUCACCAUGGACGUCGGCAACGGAGCCUUCAUAGAGGUCUCUCAUCCCGCGCCCAGCGGCGACCAAGUGGACCGCGGCGGGCUGCGCGUGCACUGCGCGCCGGUGGCGGGCGGGCGCGCGGUGUCGUGCGCGGGCGAGGCGCGCGCGGCCUUCGCGGCGCACGCGCGCGCGCAGGCCUACGACUGCGAGCUCGACGCCGUGCUCGACUCCGUCAAGGGCAACAGGAAGGACUGCUUCGUCUCCAUCAGGGGUAUAUCCGACUACCGCGACGGCACGCGCGGCAAGGAGUGGCAGCCGCACGCGGCGCUGGCCGCCGCCGCCGUCAUGAAGGCCAUUGUUGCCGCCAUGGACCCACCGACGGACUAACCUAACUGUUACGACGAGUAAUAUACCUACGCAUAAAGCCAAUUGCACCAACCUAACUGACGGACUUAUUAACGCCACUCAGCAGUUAACUAUGAAAUGUCCCGUACAAUAUAAUUUCCCGAACGUUUUAACGGUGACAGACGGUUUGGUGCAAUCCUCUCAUACUCUCUUCUCUUUAUAAAUAAAACCAUAUAAUCACACUGUAGAAUGGUAUAAAUGCAUGAACGAUUGUGCGUCCUACAUGAAUCCUGGCAAGGUCGCCAUGUGAGGGAGGAAGUUUAACCUCCUUAUUAAUAAAAUUUUACAUGCAUACAAAAAUAUAUAAGACAAAAUGACAGAACGAGACAAAUGAUUAAUAGCCAAUUAGAGUCAGACCAAGAUAAGUUGGCAGCGAUUUUGAUAGCCCAGACGUGUAUUUUAAACGUCAAACUAAGGCUUUAUGAAUAACGCCAUAAGUAUAUUCCAGAAUAAAUACAAUAUAAGGAGAGAAGGUACUACACCGCACCGCUUGUAACUAGGUACUCGCAUACGCAGUAAACACUCUCAACUCUCAAAUAACACGGUAGUGAUUCGAUUGCACUACAAAUACCAUCUACUGAUCUAUUCGUUUCACUAACUGUGUUUUAUUUCAGUGGUUUUAAAAUUACAUGAACUGAUGCAUUACUGUUAGGGUAGAUAGUAGAUAAUUCUAUUUCAUCACUGCCCUAGUAGUAAAUUAUAUCUAGAGGCUCUUCCUUCACUGACUGAAUAUUUACACUACCUUUCUAGUAUUUAUUGACAUUCCCAUGAUAUACCCUUAAAUAAGGUAUGACAAUAGACAUUCACAUUAUGCCUAAAUUUAUAAGCCAUAUACUUAAGAUAGUUUUGCCUAGAUUAGAAUUAAAUUGUCAACGACUAUAAAGUUUCAAUAGUAUCAAGAAAUUCGUCUUUAGAGUAGUAUUAAUUUACAGGAUUACUUGCCUUAAAUUUGGCUGUUAUGAAAAUUUACAUAUUUAAUGUUUUAUCUGAUCGAUCUAAGAUCUAUGAAUGUGAACUGUCAAAUUUCAAGUAGUGAAUUGUAUACAUUUUUCAGUGAGAUUUCGUAGAUUGUAGGAUUAAACUCCAUUUUAGGUAUAUUUAUUGUAACCAGUCUGUUACCAUAAUGAUGAGUGUGUGUCAAAUGUACAGCUCAAUUUGAAUCUUCCCCUUUAUUGCCUACUUAUACAGGGUAUUUAUUUAGUCACCUGCAAUAAUUUACGGGCUGAAUAAAUUACUCUCCCGUAGAAAAUGUCAAGUUCAGACAGCCAAAAUGUAUAAAACAGCCAAUUUUUUUUCGCGAAUUCGGGGUUGGUCCCAUAGUAAAAGUUGCGCAGUAUGACCUAUAUACUCACCCCGUCAAUUAUUGCAGGUGAUUAAAUAAACACCCUGUAAUUUGCUCUAUAGUUUCUGGUCAGCUAAUUGUGAGAGUGAGUCGUAGAGUUACUGAAGAUAAAAAGAGUUCUGGAAAUUAUUUCUCACUAUAGGCACGGUUAGUUGACUCUAGCACGAUUUUAUAUUUGUUUGAAACAAAAGGGAAAACAACAGUUCACGGCACUAAGUGUUAUUUUAUAAUUAGCAUAAUAUGCCUCUCUAUUAUGAACGCAUGAUCAAAUUAUUUGUAAAAUGACCAUUAUUUAUACUGCAGACCAUUUAACUCUAUAAUAUUGUCUUAAAGUACUUCGCAAAGUUACGUUUUACAAUUUACAUUAUACACAUUGUCACAAAUAUGACAAUAGUAGUGAAAGAGUUUACAAAACUAUGUUACCAAAGGUAAAUAAAAUUAUGAAUUGCAAGGUAAGACCUGUAAAUCCAUAUUUAAUAUAUUGAGUAAAUAUUUAAUAAAUUGUUCCGUUUAUAUAGAGGUAGGAUCUUGGACCCCUUUUUAUUAUAGGACUUUUAAUAUUAAGGUCACAAGCACAAUAUUAUACAGGUCGAAAUGUAGCAGUGUAAUGUUUUAAUAUUAUUAUAUAUUAACAUAUUUGGCGCCACGCGUCUACACCUUACGAGAUUACCACACUGAUGCCAAUACGCCGCUCCGGUGUGUAAACGAGACGGCGUUAUGCACGUAUAUAGUGAUGUCCCGCUCGCACACCGGACCGGCAUGCGGAUCCUCAUCCAAUGUGAAGACCACCUUGAACAUUACCCACAAUGGUUUGUGGGUGUCAUGAGUAACAGUGAAUGGGUUAUUACUUUUUACGAUCGGAACGUUACUCUUUCAUAGCUUAGGAUUUUAAACUGUAGAUGUGAUUAUUGCCCGCCAUAAUAGGCCUAUAUCAGGGGUCACCAAAUGCCGGGCAAUUUUUUUAUUUUCUUGUUAAUUUAAUAAACUCGAGUAGAAAUGGACCGCGAUGACCAUUUUAUUUUAAGAACCGGACUUCUAUAGAUACUAAGAGGUGACCCCUGGCCUAUAUUUAAAAAAAUAUGCCUAAAUAUACAAUAUUUAAACAAGUUGUGAAGUAAAUUAUUAAUAACCAAAGUUAAGUACAUGGCUGUUUCGUUUAAUAAACCAGGUCUAGUCGCCUGAAUUGUGAAAACCUGUUUAAAAUUAUUUAUAUCUACAUAUAAGUAUCACUGUUGUUUGACACAUUACAUAGUUUUAAUAGAAUUACAUUUUACACAGUUUACUUGAACAUGUAUUAUUUAUAAUUAUAAGACUAGUUAAGAUUGCAUUGUCUUGAAGCCAAUGUAAUUUUGUGAAAUAGCCCUAUUCAAACAGCUGCAUAACUAGCUAAUGUUUACCUACUUUGGUUACAUUGUGUAGUAUUCAUUUGCAUUUUUAUUUGCAGUAUUGUCAGCUCUGGUAAACUACCUGUCGUCAGCACCGCUAGUAAGUGGUUGACUUGAUCAACUUUAUUUUAACAAUUUUCCAAGCCGCACCAACAUACACGGUUUAAAAAAAAAAACAACAAAUAUAUAUGCAGUAUGUAAUAUAUUCCAAUGUGGAGUAAGUAUUUCUGCAAUGUUCUGCCGAGUGCAGCCCUAGCACCUAUCGUAAACCAUUGAGUAACUUAUACAUACUGUGUCUUAAACUGUUUUUGACAAGUUUUCACAUAUAAUAAAAUGACAUUGAUGCAUCAAGGCGGUUUGUUUACAAAGGGCCUACCGGAAAACGCGAGUGACGAAAUUUAGUCAUCUGCCUCUUUAUCGCUCGAAUAAGCAAGAGAUUGUGAUGGAUUGUGGUAGCGGCGCCCCCUACGCAGAGUCUCUUGUAAUAUUCCCCAUUAAUUCAGCUUUGAGGGCUCAUUUGAAGUUUCCCGAAGUCCAAUCUAAUUUGUACCUUAAAUCGGAUUACUAAGAUUGAAAUUAUAUUGGCGCGUAUGUGGUCAAUAAAUCUAUUCCUGGAAAAGGGUUAAGGGAAUAAUGAUCAAAAACCUGCAAAUUUUAGAAACCAAUGUUUAGUAUAUUCGAUGCCAAUCAAUGGGUGGUUUACCUUCAAUAACGACGUGUUUUUGUAAUUUAAAUGUUUGUUUGUAUAUUUGUGUUAUCCAUAAUUACCUAUAUCUACCUAUAAUUUAUAUCAUGUGUUAUUUGUUUUGUAAUGAACGCACAAAUAAAUGAAUUCGAACUAA